AUGGAUACAGGCCUCAGGGAUGAUGCUCUCUGGACCACAGACCUCAGGGAUGAUGCUGAUGCGGAUACAGGCCUCAGGGAUGCUGACGCGGAUACAGGCCUCACGGAUGAUGCUGACGCGGAUACAGGCCUCACGGAUGAUGCUCUCUGGACCACAGACCUCACGGAUGAUGCUGACACGGAUACAGGCCUCAGGGAUGCUGACGCGGACACGGGUCUCCCGGAUGCUGCUCGCUGGACCGCGGCCCCCCUGGAUGCUGCUCCCCCGGCCCCCGGCCUCCCCGCCCCCCCGGGGGUCACCCCUCCCCCGCCCGGGGCCGCCCAGGGCCUCGGGGACCCCGGGGAGGACAGCGUGUCCGACCUGACGUGCCUGGAGGCGAUGAGGGCCGAGGAGGCGGCCUACACCGGGGACCCCGGGGAGGACCCGCCGGGGCCUCAGUUUCCCCGCGGCGUCUUCACGGGCUUCCAGACGGCCGGCGGGAGGCGGGUUCAAGUCCCGCCCGAGGCCCUGGCCCGGGCCAGGCGGCUGCUGGACCAGGCCGGGGGAGCACGGCCGGAGGGGCGGGAGGAGCGGGAGGACGGCGGCCCCGGGAGCAGCCGCCCCCAGCCCCCGCCGCCUCCCCCCGGGCCCUUCGCGGGCUUCCGCACGGCCGGAGGCCGGAGAGUGACCGUGUCCCCCCGCGCCCUGAGCCGGGCCAGGGCCCUGCUGGACGAGCCCGCGCCCGCGCCCGCCGCCGUGCUCCCCCGGCCCCGGGUGCUCCCGGGACGCCGCCCCCGGGACGAGGCCCCCGGGGCUCCUCCCCGUCCCGGGAGGACGGAGAGGGCGGUGGCGGCCGGGGCGCCCCCUCCCGGGAGGACCGCGCACAGGGAGCACGGAGAGGACCGGGAGCACGGAGAGGACGGGGAGCGGACGGGCCCGGGGGCCCCGAAGAGGAGAGGCGAGGACCCGCCCGGUCAGCCCCCCAGCAAGAGGAGCCUGCUGAGCGCCUCCCCCAGGACAGCAGGGAGCACGGAGAGCACGGCAGGGAGCACGGGGAGCAAGAGGAAACGCCUGGGGCCCUUCACCUGCAGCCCCGAGGGGCCGGCGUCCCGGGCCCCCAGGAUCCAGCGAACCAGCCGUGACGGGGCAGAGGGUCGGAGCGGCGGGAACAUGCUCCGUCAUGGGAAGGUUCGACCCCGGAGCACAUCAUCCGGGGACGGUCCGCACCCUGGUCACAUGACGGCCCGUGGGGAGGUCGCAUGA